AAGUAACAAAAGGAGAUUUUACUUUCUCUAUGUAUAGUGUAUUUUCUACCAUCAAUACGAAGUGAAGUGAAUAAAAUUUCUAGUAGAAUGUAAACAUUGUUUCUUUCGGAAGCCGGUUGGAAAGUUGACUUGUUUUCAAAAAGUCUCUCGCUGUAAUAUAGUCCGAUUUUUUUUAAUAGCUUAUCAGAAACUCACUUAAUUUCAUAUCUUUGCUUUUUUCAAUACAUUUGAAUAACUAUUAUUUCUGACUAGAAGUACUGCAAUAAUGGAUUGGCAAGGUCGCUGGAACCACAUAGCGAAAGUUCUUGAGAGAAAUGGACCUUUUGCCCAUGAAGACUUUUCACCUGGACCUGAGUUUCGUCUUCCGGACUGAGACUCCCAAACAUCAUGCAAAGGAAAAAUCAGAAUUAUUUCUAAAUCAAGUAUUGAACUUUAUACAGAAUGUUUGUAAUGUUCUAGUCAUUGGUGCCGGAGGACUGGGUUGUGAAUUGCUGAAAAAUUUAGCUUUGAUGGGUUUUAGAAACAUUGAAGUUAUUGAUAUGGAUAUAAUAGAAGUUUCAAAUUUGAAUAGACAGUUUUUGUUCAGAGUGAGUGAUGUCGGCAAGCCGAAAGCAGAUGUGGCGGCUGCUCAUAUAAAUAAACGAAUUGAAGGCUGCAAUGUUGUUCCACAUUUUAAGAAGAUUCAAGAUUUUGAUGAAUCUUUCUACCGAAAAUUUCAUAUUAUUGUUUGUGGACUUGAUUCUAUUAUUGCUAGAAGGUGGAUAAAUGGAAUGCUUGUUGGCAUCAAUUCUGAAGAAAUGGAGCAAGAUGGAUGCUUAAUCCCUUUGAUAGAUGGGGGUACUGAAGGUUUCAAAGGAAAUGUGAGAGUAAUGGUACCAGGAAUGACAGCUUGCAUCGACUGCACUCUAGAUCUCUACCCACCACAGGUAACAUUUCCUCUUUGUACCAUUGCCCAAACUCCUCGCCUACCUGAACACUGCAUAGAAUAUGUGAAAGUGUUGCUUUGGCCAAAAGAAAGAAAGGAUAUAUCUAUUGAUGGAGAUGAUCCGCAGCAUGUAAGGUGGAUAUAUGAAAAAGCCUUAGAGAGAGCUGCUGAAUAUAAUAUACCUGGGGUAACUUACAGAUUAACACAAGGUGUCAUCAAAAAUAUUAUUCCUGCUGUAGCUUCUACUAAUGCUGUGAUUGCAGCAGUCUGUACAACAGAAGUUUUUAAAUUAGCCACAAAUGCAUAUACAUCUUUAAAUAAUUACAUGGUAUUUAAUGACCUCGAUGGCAUUUACACAUAUACAUUUGAAGCUGAGAAAAAGGAGGAUUGUUUGGCUUGCAGUCAGAAAGUCCACACCUUAACUUUUUCUGAGACAGAUAAAUUACAAGUAGUGCUUGACUUUCUUAUGGAGAAUGCAAAUUAUCAAAUGAAAUCUCCUGGUAUAACCACUUCUAUUGACGGAAAAAAUAAAACCCUUUACAUGCAGUCAGUUGCUUCCAUUGAAGAGGCUACUAAGCCAAAUUUGAAGAAAACUCUGAAAGGUUUUACUUAUUUAUUUUUUCCUAAUAUUUGGGUAUCGUCGAUGGCCAGCAGAUUGUAGUCGCCGAUUCUACUACGCCCUCGUCUCUUAUUUUCAAGCUAAAUCUCAUCUCCAGCAUGGAAAGUUAACUGUGGAUGAGACUGUGUAAUAUAGAUACUGUAUUUUUAUUAAUUUUGCUAUCAAAUAAAUCUUUUCUGUGUG